AUGAAGUUUUCUAGAAUUGCUUUGGCAAUAACCUCAGUUUUAUCAUACGCUGCAACUGUAGUCGGUUCCGAUGAUGCACAGGCAGAUCAGAAGCCGAUCCAGGUGGACUCAGACUUCCAGCCAACAAAGGAGAAGCCAUUCAACUUCAGAAUCGAAUAUAUCGUCAAGGGAAAGCAAGUAACUGCUACCUCUGAGAUAAUUGAAGUUUUGAAUGGUGACACUAUUGCUUUGCAGUAUCAAUUCCUCAACAAUGAGGAGGAAGAUUGCAGUAUCAUCGGUGUUGGUGGUAAGUUGAUCUCCCCUGUCACUGGAGAGCUUAAGGCCAAUAUCACUGCCAAUCAAAUCGGUCCUUUAGAAGCUUCCAACAAUCAAACUGUCACCUUCAUUCAAAACGUUGGUGUAGAUGUUCCUCCUGAUACCUACUUACUUGUUCCUGCUGUCUAUAUUGUGUUCCAGAAGAAGUUCAUGGUGUUAGGUGCCAGAAAUCAACUAAUCCAGGUUGAAGAUCCUAAAAUUUCAUUCUUCAAUCCAAAGUUAAUCCUUUCUGAGCUAGCUUUAGGUGCCUCUCUAAUUGGAAUUAUCUAUAUCGUUUAUGCUAUGUUCGGUAAGAAGUAUCUCAAGGGUAUUCUUCCUGCUUCUCGUAACAGCAUCCCUGCUAAUGAGAAGUCUAAAUCUUCUGCAAAGUCUACCUCUUCCAGCGUUGAUAGUGAAUGGUUACCUCAAACUCACCUUAAAGUGGCUGCAAGAAAAUCCAGAAAGAUCAAAUGA